UGAGCCUUUAGCGAGACAGGGCUACCGGACGUUUUUUAAAGUAUCCCGAGGCACACAGGCAUACGAUCGUUCUCAGGUGCGAUGGCUUUUGAAGUAUAUAUAGUCUUACUGAACGCUCCUCAGGUCCACCUCUAGAUCUGUUACAUCAAUCCAAUCUCCAAUCCAAUCUCCAAUCCAAUCUCCAAUAAAAUCAUCACGUAGCUCUACCGUCCAUACACCAUGUGCCAAAAAAUUCAGUACGAAUAUCGAUGCGGUCACAAAACCUCGACUUGGGACCCGGAGAAUGCGUGGGACUGUCCUAAUGCAACGGUAGAUGAUAAUGGGAUGUACUACCGUUGUAAUCCAGUUGCAUCAACUGCUCGAAUUCCUAUAGCUGGCACCUGCAAUCGUGAUGACACCAUAGUGAUAUGCCGGAGGAGGGUACGGAAAGACUACGGAUGGAGUUGCCACCAAUGUCAGACGAGGACGGUUGGUAGCCUUACCUGUAGCAAUGCUGCGUGCGGACACAAGGAGUGUCAAUAUUGCUGGGACUAGUAGGACAGGUAAGACUUUCCAAAACUAUCUUUGGUUGUUUGUUGUCUUGAUAUAUACCCAUAUGUCAUUGGUUCAAAUUCUGACAAUACUGCAGCUGGCCAUGACCCUGCGGUGAUUCCGUCAGCGAGUUCUUGGCGCGGUGGUGGUCUGGGUUGCAAGAUCGUAGGGCUGUGAAUUUGGGAUAUUUAUUAAAGAGGCUGCAGCUAUCUGAACUACAUUUAGUACCCACAAUCAAACACAUACUUUAUGCUCAGCUUAAUAUGCAAGAUCUUUAUAUUGAAAACUGGACGACAGGAGACGAUGACAUUGAACUCCGUGUGCGUGGUUACGGUGUUGUCUUUUGUAUCCGGUUUUCGCCCGAAACCAUCAAGGCUCCUGUCCUCCUACAACAGCAUUUCAAUUCUUUACACGCCUUAGACACCGAAGCUGGUAGCGAGGUGGCAAACCAGCUGGCAAGACCGUUCGAACCUCUGAUGGCAAGCCUGGCGCCUGAAGCCCAAGACGUCGCCGGCGAUCUACUAUCAGACUACCUAUACCCAAAGCACUUUGUGCUUGAGGCGAGAGCAAGUGCGGAGGAUACAAAGUCAACACCGUUUUUUAGGGCAUCAAUCACCGGACAAGAUCUUACCCUUCCUGGAGGCAACAUUCGGAUGCCGCAAUUGGUAAAUCUGAAGCUCGAGGAAUGGGUAAGGAAUAUAUAUUCAUCAGGUCAAAUUUCGCUUGCACCUUCGAAUCUGGGCGAUGCUCGAUUAAGUGGCCCGAAGAAAGUUCUGGCCGAUGGCAACCCAUUUUUCUUUAAGAGCUUCGGUAAACCUCCGGGAGGGAUCUAUCGGGAGCUUGACAUCUACAAAAGAAUCAAGGAGGCCAUGUCGUUAGGAACAAUUGGGCCCGACCUGCGAAUUUGCCAUUUACAUGGAGUUGUGAUCGACAGAGACAUAUUGGAGACUUCUACGGAACAACGACUUCUUGGGGUCUUGCUUACUUUCAUCGAGACAAAUAAACUGAGUCGGAUGGGGACAUUGUUUUACAGGGUUCGUGGCGGGAAAUGCACAACUGAAACACUUUCCCGCUGGGCAAGCGAAUUGGACGAUUGCAUCACGAAGCUACACAACGCUGGCAUCGUCUGGGGGGAUGCUAGUCCACACAAUAUUCUCGUUAACAAUGAGGGCAAUAUCUGGCUAAUUGACUUUGGAGGAAGCUACACUCCUGGUUGGGUAGACAAGGAAAAGUGCGAAACGGUUGAAGGGGAUUUGCAAGGGAUCGAAAGAAUCAAAAGCUUCCUGGCUAAUCAUUCCGAGAAGGCCAACGGCGUUUGA